AUGGCAAGUAUAGCCAAUGCCAGCACACCCGCUGCGGAGCUGCCUAGUACUGCCGGCCAGGAUGCGAUUCGAUCCAUCCAUGACGCUGGCCUCGGAGAGAUAAUCCGUCUUCCGGGCUCGGAUCUCUACGAAGCUCGCAACAAGUCCUACUGGUCGUGCAGUCCGCGAUUACGGCCGUGGGCAAUAGUACAGCCACGAUCAACAGAAGAAGUGUCCAUGGUCAUGAAAGCGCUGGUUGCUGUCCCGGAAUGCCAAUUCGCUAUCCGCAGUGGGGGUCAUAUGUGCUGGCCUGGAGGCAGUAACAUCAGUUCCGGAAUCACAAUUGAUCUCGGAGAGAUGGACAGCACUACUUACAACGCAAGCACCAAGAUUGCAUCUAUUCAACCUGGCGGAAGGUGGACAGACGUAUACGCGGCAUUGAACAAAGAUCAAGUUGUGAACUACCAAGUCGUCCUUGCAGACGGCCGCAUAGUCGAGGCCAGUCAGGAAACGCGUCAGGAUCUUUUUUACGCCCUCAAAGGCGGUGGCAACAACUUUGGCAUCGUCACAAGAUUCGAUAUGGUGACGUUCCCGGCACACGAUGUGUGGGACGGAGCCAUCGUGCAUUCAAAAGACGAGACCGACUCAAUCAUAGAUGCACUCGUCAGCCUCACCGACAACCUUGACGUAGCUGACAACCCGGAUGCGCACUUCAUGGGACUAUGGACUCAUUCUCCCCAAAUGCCAGACGUCUUCGCCACGAGCAUCUUGACACAUCUUGAUGGUGUACCGAAUCCUAAAUCGAUGGAAAAGUUCCUGAAUAUUCCCGGACAACAAAACAUGAGGAAAGUUUCCUUGGCCAAUAAAGUUGCUGAUUUCCUUGUUCCUUCAAACAGGUACGACAUGUGGCUAUCCUACACCUUCGAAAACGACGCACGAGUCGCCAAGAAAUGUGUGGACGUGCUCGUUGACUUGGUCCACCACAUCAAGACACAUCACGUCCCGAACGGAGACUUUGUCGCGUACAGCGUUCUCCAACCCUUUCCCCUUUCCUUCGCUCGUCAUUCCAAAGCUCGAGGAGGCAACAUGCUAGGAGUCGACCGAAUCCAGGAUAAUGCAAUUGUCCUCGUCACAGACAUCCAAGUCGAGACAUGGGAGUUGGCCCAGGCUAUCGCACCAAAGCAGAAAGCUGGCUUGGCUGAGAUUCAGGCUUACGCAGAAUCGCUCGGGGCGGUGAUCGAUUUUCGGUACAGCAACUAUUGCGACGGGUCACAGGACCCAUUCGCUACAUAUGGUGAGGAGAGUAUCAAGCACAUGAGACAGGUUUCUCGGAAGUAUGAUCCGCAAGGGAUGUUCCAGUUCCGAGUUCCAGGUGGCUUCAAGGUUGAAAAUGUGGGCAGGUGA